GGGCGGGGCAGCACUGCAGCAGAGCGCUUCUCCGGUAAUGCUCCAUAGAUACACGCGCUCCUUCCCGCCCCUGCUGCGAGACAGGUGGUUGGCCCGCGCGCGUUCAUCCUCGAGCUCUCCCCCAUUAGAAUAGGACAAAUAAAUAUAUCGCCCACGUUUGUUGACAGCACGGAGAGGGGCGGUUGGAGCGCGUCCCCGAUGGACUCCCGGCUUGUGACCUCCGUGAUCGCGGGGCGGCCCGCAGGAGAGUGGGGCAGCAGCCGGAGCGCACGAGCGGAGCCGCGCCGAUCCACGAGCAAAUGUUUUGCAGCCAAAUCCUCGAGGCGCUGUUGACAGGAGAGGGGGGAGAUGCGCGAAUAGAAAUCUGACACGACUCGGGUGGAUUUUUUUUUUUUUUUUGCGUGGCGGCAGGAUCCUUUCUGACAGUCCUCCGGUCGUAGAAGUUCCCCUGGGAGAGCGAGGGAGGAGGCUCAUCAUGGCUACAGGCGCCGGUAAGGCUGCACAGCCCGCCGCUGCCGCCGCCGCCGCCGCGCCGGGCUCCACCGUGAACGGGACUGCGGCAGAGCUGCCCAACAUCGAGCAGGAGCUCUAUGAUUACCAGAUGCACAGCAAGAUGUGCAAGAAGAUCGCCCAGCUCACCAAGGUGAUUUACUCUCUGAACAUGAGGAAUGAGGAGCACGAGACAGCCCUGCAGGCCCUGAGCCACGCCCACCACGAUGAGCUGCACCGCAUCCUUGUGGAGACGUGCCAUGAAGGAGAGGGGUCAGCUUUGAGGACACGACUCCUGGAGCUGCAGGAGUCUCUGGAUGAGCAGCAGCGGGUCGGAGCCCAGGUUCAAGCAGAUUUUGAGUUCUUCCGCAUCCAGGCAGAGGAGAGGGAGCGUGAGACUGAAGCAGAGCUGAGGAAAGAGUUUGAGGAGAAACUCCAGGCCUCAGAGGAAGAGCUCCAGGAGGCCAAAGCUCAGAUCAGUGUUGCCCAAGAGGAGAGCCUGAGACUGAGCAAAGAACUGGAGAAAGCCGGGGAGCAGAUCCAAGAGCUGAGCGCCAAAUGUGAGGAGCUGGAGAAAGCUUCAGAUGAGGAGAAUAAGAGGAAAGAGGAUGAGCGACAAAGAGAGGACAAGGAGAAGGAGAGGCAAGAGGAGGACCGAAGGAUGGAAAAACGGGAGGACUUGGAAAGAGUGAAAGCCCUCUUGGAGGAGCUAAAGGCGCUGAAGGAGGACAGGGAGCGAGCAGAGGAGGAAAAGAAAGAAGCGAUGAAAGAGGAGCGGAAACAGUGGGAGAAAAAGGUGAAUGAUCUGAGUGAGGAGAAAGAGGAGAUGAGGAAGAGAAUAGAGGCAGAGUUUAGGGAGGAGCGGCAGAGGUGGGAGGAGAGGGAAGAGGAGGAGAAGAAGGGGAUGCACAGUGCUCUGCGGGAAAGAGUGAAGCGGGCUGAAGCAGAGGUGGAAAGUCACCUGGAGAGGCUGGCAGAGAGCAAGAGAAACACAGUGAAACUGCAAGAGCGCAUACAGGACCUUGAGGAGGAGCUGGAGCUGCAUCGGAAGCGCGUGUCGGAGGCGGAAGGCGUGGCCAAACGGGCGGAGGAGGAGCUUGCAGUCGCCAAGGAGAGGCUGCUGCUGCAGGAAGACGAGCUGCAAAGCCGAGCAGAGGAGCUGCUGAAUCGCAGAGGCUGUGAAGUGUGUGUGUGCGCUGAAGUGGAGGAGCUGAGGAGCCAGGUGAGCCGUCUGCAGAGCAGGAACAGGGAGCUGGAGCUGCAGAGCAGCGGCAGGAACAAUGAUCACGCCCGGCAGAUACGUCAGCACGCUGAGGCCCUGUCCAGUUUGCGCUCGGAGAUGGUGCGAGCCCAGAGUGAAGAGCUGCGCCGCAUCCAAAAACAUGCGGACGACGAGAGGGACAAACUGCAGAGGGAGAUCGAAAAGGAAAGGGAAAACAUGCAGAGGGAGAGGGAACAAGAAAAAGAUCAUAUGGAGAAGGAGAGGAGAAAGCUCCGCAAAGAAAGAGAUGAAGAAAAGGAGGCCAAACUCAAAGACGUUGAAGAGAUCAGAGAUAAGCUGAGGAGGGAAAAAGAUGAAGAGGUGGACCGGCUGCGCAAGGAGCUGGAGGUCGAGAGGGUUCGCGUCCGCUCCCAACUGGACAAGAACAUCGAACAGGUGGAGGCGGAGAGAGCAAACGUGCAGCAGAAGCUGGAGGAGGAGAAGAAGAGGCUGGUGGAGAAAGCAGAGGAGGAUAGGAGGCGACUGAAGGAGCAGGUGCGGAAGGCGAUAGAGGAGGUGAUGAGGAGACAUGCAGCUGAACUAAAUGACGUUCAAGAAGCUCUGAGCUCAGAGAGAAAGACCAACCAAGAGGUGUGUUUGCGUUUGGAGGAGGAGAGGAGGGCUGCUGACGAGCUACGCAGCAGGUUAGAGAAGGAAAAGGAGGAGUUAAGGAAAUCGCUGAAGGAUGCAACCACUGAGAUCCAGAGGUUAGAAGGAACCAUCCAACAAUCAAAUCACAAAGAAAAAGCUACGCCUGAAGCUUCACACUCAUGCGGACCCCGCUGUUCUCGUUUGGAGGAGGAGCUUAGCCAAGCUCUGGGUCGGCUGGCUCAGGUUCAGGAGGAGACCGAGAGGCAGCGAGACAGGCAGCAGAGGGAGAUGGCUUUUCUGAAGGCUGACAAGCAUCGGCUGGAGGAGAAGAUCCUGGAGCAGAGCCGGAAAAAUGCAGAGAAGAGUCUUCUAGAGCAGAGUCAGCGGCAGAUGGAGGACCGGAUAAGGGUGGAGUGUGAAGAUCGCCUCAGAGCGGAGUUCCGGAUAGAAAUGAAUGCAGCCGUUGCAGAGAGUGAACAGAGGUGGCAGGACCGAGAGCAGGAGUUGCAGAGCCAAAUAUCUGAGCUGCAGGCUCAGCUGACCGAGAUGCAGGAGCAGGAGGAGAAAAAGAAGGCAGGGCAGGGAGACGAUAGUCACGGCAAGACUGAGAUUGACAGGCUGAAAAGGGAGGUUCAAGAGACCAAAGAGAUAAACAGAAAACUGAAGGAGCUGCUGCAGGAGCCCCAAACGUCAGCUGAGGAGAGGCACAGUCAUGCCAUGGCGCUGCAGGCAAUGGAGAGACAGGCAAAAGAAGAUCUGCUGUCUGAGAGAAACAGACUUCAGACGCUGCACCACCUGGAGCUCGAUAAGCAGCGAGCUGAGCUGACCCAGCAGCACACGGAGUGGAGCAGACAGAUGACCCAGAGACACAUGCAGCAAAUAGAAGACCUACAGGCCCAACUGCAAGCACACACGCAGAUGAUGGCUCUGCAGCAGGACCUGAAGCAACAGAACCAGUACCAGGUGUUUGAGCGUCAGCUGGAUGAGAGUCGCUGCGCCAUGCAAGAGCUCCAGAGAGAAAACGCUGCAUUAAAGAAGCAAUUAAAGGAAAGGUCAGUUCAGAGGAAUUCUGAAAUUGUGGAGAAAGAAGAGGACAGUGCAGAGAUGAGGAAGAAGAGGGACGCUCAGCUAGAAGAAGAGGCGCAACGUCUGAAGGAGGAGGUGGAGAAACUGAGGGUGGAAAUGGAGAAACUUGAGGAGUCCCAGAAGCAGUGGGAGGAGAAAAGGGAGGAUGACGUGAAGGAGGAGGAGGUGGACGAGGAGAAGAAGAAGGAGCGGGAGGAGGAGAAGAGGAGAGAAGAAGUGGAGGAGAUCAGAAGGGAGCACAAGAGGGAGAUUCAGAGCUUGGUGUCGGAGUACAGUAGCGCCCAAAACCACCUGCAGGCUCGAAUAGUGGCUCUGGAGAAUGAACUGCGUGAGCGGGAGGAGCGGUGCAGGAGGCGGGAGCCUCGGUGGGACGACGUGCAGUUGGGAAGACUCCAGGAGAGGCUGACAGAGAGAGACCAGCUCAUCAAACGAUUAGUGGAGGAGAGGCAUCAGCUGCAACUUCACCCUCCUGUUGCCGGGGACAACAACACCCUCAGGCUGAGGGACACCAAGUCCCGGCCUGGGAGCGUCACUCCAACAAUGAGAAGAAAGGGCGUGGAGUCGCCCCCCCGAGUCACCAGCAUCCCUAGCACUGCUGCCCUCGACAGGAACAUCUUCCCUUCCCAAUCCUCCACGUCCUCCAUCCCUCAGCACUCCUCCUCCACCCUCCCCCACCAGUCAUCCUCUCACCCUCACGUCUCUCCCCAAUAUUCCACCUCCUCUCUUCCACACAAGCACACUUCCAUCUCCUUAGGGCAGCAUUCCUCCCCGUCCCUCCCACGUUCCACCAGAUCCCGGGCCUCCUGCAUCCCUCCAACGCCGGCGCCAACGGCUCCCCUCCCCGUCUGCCCCUCACCCACCACAGGCAUCCGAUACGUGUCCCCUUCCUGCCAGGAGCCACAUGCACACUUCCAAGCCCAAUCAGUCAGGGGCUCAUACCUGGAGCAAAGGGGCACAGAAGGGCUGAAGCAGGAGUGGUUCACCAAAUACUUCUCCUUCUAAGCACAAACGCACACAGACACUCCAGCUGCAACUGCAUUUCCUAUACAGUUCAUUGCUUCCUAUACAAAUACAGACUAAAGGACACACACAAAUAAGACAUACCCAGAUUGACGGAUUUAUUGGCUCAUCACCAGCAAGGCCAUCUCUAACAUUGCCUCUAAGCUCAACCAAAAAGUGCUUCUCUACACAUGCCUGACCUCUUCUCAGAACGUAUGUUGAUUGGAUCGUCCGACAAGUUUCCAUGGAAUUUUUUUCACUUUUUUUUUUUUAAAGGCAGUCUUCCUUUUUUUUAAAUGCAACCGUUGCAUCAGAUAUUCCAGAUAAGUGUACUUUUUUUAAAAAUAAAAAAAUACAUUUCUCUUCAAUUAAGGAAACGUUGAAGUUGUUAAAACCACAUAACUCUACGGCAUAUCAAAAUGAAGCUCGUCUUAAUGCAAAAAUGUAUAAUCUUACUUAAGAAAUUGAAUAAACAUAUUUUGUUUUUGUAAGUG